GCAAUCACCAAUUCGAGAAAAGGAAGACGCACGCGAAGGUAAAGCCCAAAGGAGAAGAAGAGGAAGAGAUGGCAGUGAGCGCGACGGUGAUCGGAGUACUGCUGGGACUCGGCACCCAAAUGUACUCCAACGCUCUCCGCAAGCUCCCUUACAUGCGACAUCCGUGGGAGCACCUGUUGGGGAUGGGCCUGGGAGCAGUGUUCGUUAACCAGCUAGUGAGUUGGGACGCUCAGCUCCAACGGGACCUUGACCAAAUGCUUGAAAAAGCCAAGGCAGCCAACGAGCGCCGCUAUUUUGAUGAUGAUGAAUAAUGGCUUUUUGCCUGGUUCGUAUAAGACAUUUCAUGAACCAAGAAACCGCGAUCAUAAAACUGGUUCAGGUUAUGGACAAGAUGAUUUUGGACUGUUUCUUUGUUUGUUUGUUUUCGAUCCUGUUUAAGAACCUUUUCUUUGUUUGCUUUUUUCCAUGCUGAAUAUAGGCUUCGAUGCCUUGUGAUUCUGAAUGCAAAGUGCAAACUUGUUAGUGCAAGUAUUUCUCGUGUAAUAAUACAUAAAUUAUUCAAACUUUCAAAGAAAUUGCACUUUUUUUUCUA